GGAAGUUGAGCUUUGGGAGUCAUUUGGAGUAAUAGCGGUAGUAGGUCCGCGUUACAACUCGUGUGAAUAUUUGUGAUUUGUUCUAACCCGUAAUGGAUGACGAAGAAGAGACAUACAGACUAUGGAAAAUCCGUAAAACCAUCAUGCAGUUGUGUCAUGACCGAGGCUACCUAGUGACCCAGGAUGAGUUGGAUCAGACUCUGGAUGAGUUCAAGAGCCAGUUUGGGGACAAACCAAGUGAAGGGCGCCCGAGGCGGACAGACCUAACUGUGCUGGUUGCCCACAACGAUGACCCGACCGACCAGAUGUUUGUUUUCUUUCCAGAGGAGCCCAAGGUGGGAAUCAAGACUAUAAAGAUGUACUGUCAGCGCAUGCAGGAGGAGAACAUCACACGUGCCUGUAUUGUGGUACAGAUGGGGAUGACCCCUUCAGCCAAACAGUCGCUGGUGGACAUGGCACCUAAAUACAUCCUGGAGCAGUUUCUACAACAGGAACUCCUCAUUAACAUUACAGAGCAUGAGCUGGUUCCUGAGCACAUCGUGAUGACUAAAGAAGAACUAUCCGAGUUGCUGCUUCGAUAUAAACUAAAGGAGAGCCAGCUACCCAGGAUUCAAGCAGGAGACCCUGUAGCCAGGUACUUUGGACUUAAAAGAGGCCAGGUGGUGAAGAUCAUCAGGCCCAGUGAGACUGCAGGAAGGUACAUCACCUACAGGCUGGUCCAGUAGAUGGAUAUCAUAUGAAGAGAUGAAGUCUGAUUACUCUGGACAGCCAACCUGAAGAUGACUACAUCUCUCAUCAAACAUCAUAUUUCGAUUAUGGAUUAACCCAGGAUUACACGUGAAUCAGAAAUGUAUCAUCUUGGUCUCCAAUAACUUUUGUGAAUAGAUUGACUUGCUUACCUUUCAGCUCUGCUAGUUGUUAUGUGAAUGCUUAAGGUGAAAACCACUGCAUUAAAAUUUUAUUUUUAUUGUG